AUGGCGACUGGACGCGACAAACACGCGGGCAAGAGCCUCGGCUCCAAUCUGCAUGCGCGCAUCAAGCAGGCGCGCGUGCUGAUGGUGGGCGCCGGCGGCAUUGGCUGCGAGCUGCUCAAGAACCUCGUCCUGACCGGCUUCGGCGAGAUCCACAUCGUCGACCUCGACACGAUUGACCUUAGCAAUCUCAAUCGCCAGUUCCUCUUCCGCAAUGAGCACAUUAAGAAGUCCAAAGCUCUGGUCGCGAAGGAGUCGGCGGGCAGAUUCAACCCCAACGUCAAGAUCGAGGCGUACCACGACAACAUCAAGGAUCCCAGGUUCAACGUUGCGUGGUUUAGCAAAUUUGACAUUGUGUUCAAUGCGCUGGACAAUCUGGAGGCGCGCCGCCAUGUCAAUAAGAUGUGCUUGGCAGCCGAUGUGCCACUGAUCGAGAGUGGAACGACCGGCUUCAACGGCCAGGUGCAGGUCAUCCAGAAGGGCAAGACUCAAUGCUACGACUGCACGCCGAAAGAGGCACCCAAAUCUUUUCCCGUGUGCACCAUCCGAAGCACCCCGUCGCAGCCGAUUCACUGCAUUGUGUGGGCCAAAUCAUACCUCUUCACCGAGAUAUUCGGCACCUCGGAGGACGAUGCGCCGGAGCUAGACCAUAGCGAGGACUCGGAGAACCGGAAAGAGAUUGAGAACCUGCGCAACGAGUCGCAAGCAUUGAAGCGCAUCCGCGGGACAAUGGGAUCGGAAGAGUUCCCAAAGCUAGUAUUCGACAAGGUUUUUAAGGAAGACAUUGAGCGGUUACGAAGCAUGGAAGACAUGUGGAAAACGCGGAAGGCGCCCACUGCCCUAGAUUUCGAGGACCUCCUAAAGGCACUUCCUAGCGUCGAGAAGAACAUCGCAAGCAAGGAUCAAACGGCGUGGACAGUCACAGAAAACUUUGCAGUAUUCUUGCACAGUCUGCGGCGACUGAGCGAUCGCAUGGAAGAAAGCAAGGCGAGCGGUGAUACAGGCAACUCGCCGCCGAUUCUUAGCUUCGACAAGGACGAUGAGGAUACUUUGGACUUUGUUGCUGCCAGCGCGAAUCUAAGGUCCAUCAUCUUCGGCAUAGAGGGGAGGUCGAAGUUUGACAUCAAGCAAAUGGCUGGCAACAUCAUUCCGGCGAUUGCAACCACAAAUGCAAUGACGGCUUCUAUCUGUGUCCUGCAGGCUUUCAAGGUCAUGCGCGCAGUGAUCGCUAAGGACGAGUUGAGCGCGAAACUUAACGACGCGCAGCUCACUGGAUCGAGCAAGGAGUCUUCCAAAGCCGACGCGAAAGCGGAGCAAGUCGAGGUCAAACCAGACGAGGCAUUCUCCCAGAAGCUAUCUAAGGCAAAGAUGGUAUUCCUUGCCCCGAACGGUACUGAGCGCCGGUUGACGACCGAGGGUCUUAGCUCCCCUAACGCGUCAUGUCCUGUUUGUAGCGUCGCGCAAUCUACCAUUGUUGUAGAUGCUAGCCGGGCUACCUUGAACGACCUUGUCGAGAACCUUCUCCGCUUGCAGCUCGGCUACGGCGAGGAGUUCAGCAUCAACAGCGAAGCUGGCUUGCUUUACGACCCUGAGGAAGAUGCCAACCUUAACAAGACCUUCGCCGAGUUGGGCCUCAACAAUGACGCCUCCAUCACAGUCAUUGAUGACGCCGAGGAGGGUGCGAGGGUCAAUCUGGUGCUACACAUCUCUGAGCAGCCGAUGGAAUCAGAAGCGAGACCAAUCGACCUCACCCAGAAGCCCGAGAUACCUCUCAAACCCAAGGCUGCAACGCCGCCCGCUGAGACCAACGGUGACUGGCGACCAAUCGUUACCAACGGUCUCACUAACGGUGCGACCAACGGCGCUACUAACGGUAUCAAGCGUACGGCCGACGAGGCUGGUUUCGAGGAAGAGCUGGUCAAGAAGAAGGGCAAAGUCGCCGCAAAGCCUGAUGAUGACUUCGUCAUCGUCGAUGACGCGAAUGAUGGGAUUAUUGUUCUUGACGACGACUGA